AACGCUUCUGACUGCUGCACAGUUGCAUUCAGACACAACGGAUUCAUUUGACCACAUUAAAUCUAGGUUUAUAUAUCUGUUUUAAACAGUUGUAAAAUUGCACUGACAGUUUGCAACUGAAUUUAUUUACUGCACAUCUUGCUCAAUUAAAUUUAUACCAGUAACCCGCAGCAAAGAUGAAGACUAAAUUCAUCAAUGGCAUGUCCUCCUCUCCUUCAAUGUCUCUGGGUUUAUUGGUAAAUGAGAAUGUCCUCGAAGUCCAGCCAGAAAGUGUGACCGACUGCAAAGACAUUAUUCGACUGGACGAGCCCGACCAUCAGACGAAGCAUAAUGCGUAUCAGUGGUGUAAAGAAUUUCUUCACGGAGGCUGGAAAGCCAUAGAUGAGGAUGAUUUCCAAAUCUCUAUCAUCAGGGGAGGUCUCAGUAACAAACUAUUCCUCUGCGCUUUGCCAGAGAAGCAACCAAGCCUUGGAGACGAACCACGGAACGUGCUCCUUCGCCUAUAUGGAGAAAUUCUGCAGAUGUCCUGUAAUAAAGGGGAUUCCAGACAGUCAAACACAGAUCACUUUCAAGGAGCUGAUGCCAUGGUACUGGAGAGUGUGAUGUUUGCUAUUCUGGCCGAGCGAGAGCUUGGACCGAAGCUUUAUGGCAUCUUUCCUCAGGGGAGACUUGAACAAUUUGUCCCAAGCCGAAAACUGUCCACAGAUGAGCUGAGUGUCCCUGGAAUAUGUGAUGAGAUUGCUGAAAAGAUUGCCAAAUUUCAUGCAAUGAGAAUGCCUUCCAACAAGGAGCCAAAGUGGCUGUUUGGCACCAUGGAAAAGUACAUGGAUCAAGUGCUUCAGCUAACUUUCAUCAAGGAGUCCCAUCUGCGGAAUGUUUCCCGUCUUUUGAGCUUUAACUUGCCUCAAGAGAUGGACAAUCUCAAGUGUCUACUUGAAUCUACUCCCUCCCCCGUUGUUUUCUGCCACAAUGACUUGCAAGAAGGAAACAUCUUGCUCCUCAGUGGUCGUGAAAACACAGACAGACAGAGGCUCAUGUUGAUUGACUUUGAGUACAGCAGCUACAACUACAGAGGAUUUGACAUUGGAAACUUUUUCUGUGAGUGGAUUUAUGAUUACACCUUUGACAAGUUUCCAUUUUUCAAGACCAACACUAAAAAUUAUCCCACCAAAGCACAGCAGAUGCAUUUCUUUCAAAGUUAUCUGUUGGAAUCAGACAUUGGAUUUGAAACCUUGAGUGAGGAGCACCAGCUGAAACUCCAAGAGGACAUGCUGGUUGAAGUUAACAGGUUCGCACUGGCCUCCCAUUUCUUCUGGGGAUUGUGGUCUAUGAUCCAGGCCAAAAUAUCAACUAUUGAGUUUGGGUACAUGGAGUAUGGCAUGGCCAGGUUUGAUGCAUACUUUGAGCUGAAGAGGAAGCUCAGGCUUUGAAGGAAAUGUGCAUUAAUUCCCAAUGGAGAGAAGGGAGGGGGAACAACCAGUUGUAUGUUGACAGGAAAAGAGUGGGGCAAAGUUUGAAUGUGCUUAAAAGAGGAUGCUCUGCCUUUGCAAUGAUUAUACCAUGCUGCAUGGACCAAUGCAAUGAGUGUCCCAUGAGCUGCUUCUUAGUGUUUACAAAUUUAACCAUCAUACAUUAAACACACCUGCCUGAGCUUCUGGACAAUUUGAGAAUAACUACAUUAUGUAAUGAGACUAAUGUCACAUACCAUAGAAAUGUGUCUAGGUUGGAGUAAGGGUGGAGCUGUUAGACUAUAUUUUAUGCAUGUAGACUGAUUCAUAUAGUCACGGGAUGGUGUGGUGAUAAGUAAAUUCAUCAUACUAAUCUGUACAUUGUGGUGUUUCUUAUCACCCGGUCAUCUACUGCAGUGUUAUCUAUACAACUGUUGAAAUAAGACACACUGUGAAAGAGUAAGGUUCAACUGCACAGUACCAGAAAAUGUUACAACAGACCAAACUAAGUUGACAUUUUGGUUCAAAUAAUUUUCAGUAUUGCUCAAGUUUUCUGUUUCCAUUUUAAUGGGACCUUUUUUAUUGUCCUUUUAUACUGGAUGAUUUACCUCUAUGCCAUGUUCUACUUAAACAUCUUGUAGUGAAUCAUGUCUUCUCAUUUCUAUUUCCAGUAGUUUAGUAGAUCCAUGUGAUGUGAACAGAAAUCCAGUGAGGACCAUGCCAUCUGCAUACUCCUUAGGAGAGUGAUGGUAUGAAAUAUACAAUCUCAAACAGUGGAUAACUUUAUGGCUUUGACCAUAGUGCUCUCAUUCACCUCCUAUUUGAGGUGGUUCAUGUAUAUUUUUUUCAUUUGAUAAGAGACAUUAAUGUCCAGUAAUGUGAAAUUACUCCCAUUGUAUCCGUUUUAAAACGGUGGCCCCUAUUAUCAGUGCUGGGUAGAAACAGAUUAUAAUAAAUUGUAUGAUUACAUAUUAAUCAGGCAAAGGCAGUAAAUUGUUCAUAAUUUAUUGUUCCCUUUAGCUUUUCUUCUUUUUAUAUAUUUACAUUUUGUUAUUCUAAAUCAGCCCUAAGCUUAUAUUUGUUCAGUAAAUACUAUAUAAUGCCACCAGUCCUAAAUACAAUGAAAUGCAAUUCACACAUAUAUGCCGAUCCGAUUGCAUUAGUGUGGUAAUGUUAGUUUUAUUUUAGCAAAUUGCUUUUGUACUUUGCUUCAAAAAUUUACAUGCAUGCCCUUUGCUUUAUUAUUAUUUUUUAGAUAGUAAUUCACAAAUACAACUGUUGUUAUCUGUUAACACACGUGGAUGGCAUUUGUACUACCAAAAUUUCUGUAGAAAGAACAUUUUAGACAACACAUACACAAAACAUACAAAUUCUAAUUUUUUGAUCCAUUACGUUUAAUGCAUUUGAACAACAUUGUCAAAAUAGUACAAUCUUAUCUUACUCAAAUGCAUGUGACAUCAAAUAAACAAUGUUAAAAGUAAUCCAAAAGCAAUCAGAUUAAAUUACUUUAAAAUGUAAUACAUUUUUGUCAUGUAAUUUGUAAUCAGUACCAGAUUACAAUCAAUAAUCUACCUAGCACUGCCAAGUAUAUCUAAUAGUGAUAUAUUUAACACAUUUGAAAGAUUAAUACAGUAUUCCUACAAUGUUUUUUUUUUUGUCUUAUGACACUUGGUUCAAUUAGUUUAGCUUUGAACAAAGAAGUUAAUGUUUAUGAAUGUUUAUUAAUUUCUUUUUAUAAAAUGUUUUACAACUGAACAAUGUUUAAUUAAGUUCCUUGAGUUUAGUUUGUUUAUUUUUUUCAUUAACCUUUUUUCAUAUUUUUGAAAUGUAGGUAUUGUAAUACUGUACAAUAUUCUGAGGCUGUCUGGCUUUUUUGCUAACAGUGAUGUCAAAAGCACUUUCUGAAUCAGCUCUGUGAAAAGUUUUAGUAUUUGCAAAUGUAAAUUCUAGUAUAUUUCUGCAAUGGAAGAUGUAUUUUUCUUAAUAAGAAAGUGUUCUCUGUACUUACUGAAAUGUUUGAAGGUUCUCUUUGCCAUUUUUACUUGUACUUGACUUGUGAUUGAAUUAAUUCUGUUUUCACAUAUAACACAUAUCUUAAUGUAAACUCUGAACAUUUUGAAUAUUUAUUUACCUAACUAGUCUCUAAAAAUCUGUACCUAAUUUUAGAACAUCAUUGGACAAAAAGGAAAAAGUGGAAGUUGUUUGAAUGUUUAAAAAUAAUUAAAUUUGAUUCCUUUGUAUUUGGAAGUCAGGUGUUAAUCUAGACCAGCAUACUAGCCUUACUAAGUCAUCAAUCUCUACAUUAGUAUUAAGCAUUUUGGGGGGAGAGAGAGAAAGACUUGUUGGAUAUACAUAUAAAUAAUUUAAAAAAAAGUUCUGCUACCAAAAGAUGUAAGAAGUGCAGAACAGAAUAUCAGUGUAAUGUACUAAUUCAUGCUUUGCACAUUUACUAUAAAUAAAGGUU